AUGGCUGAAGAUAUUUUGCAUCGAGUACGUUCAAUAACGGCAAAUCCAGAACUUGAAAUUUGCUCAGAGAUAUACAAUGAGGUUUUGAUAUGUUUGGAGGAUUUGUGCGUGAUGAUGUCCGGCAAGAUGUUGAACGAAUUAGGUAUGCCUGCGCCUAAUCGUCCCAUGCACGAUGCAUUCAACCGUGAAUUCGAACGAGAACGGCAAUACGAUACAAAUGCUUUGAGUCAAUCCGUACAAAAUAAGGUGCCACUUUUAAAUCAGCAGCAAAAAACAGCUUACGAUACGAUAAUUAAAGCUGUAAAUGACGGCAAUGGAGGAAUAUUUUUCAUCGAUGCACCCGGCGGAACUGGUAAAACAUUUUUAAUUUCAUUAAUUUUAGAUACGAUUCGAGCACAAGGUCAAAUAGCGCUGGCAGUAGCAUCAUCUGGGAUCGCUGCUACAUUGUUAGAAGGCGGACGUACCGCUCAUUCUGCGCUCAAACUGCCAUUGAAUUUGCAAACUAUAGAGGAACCGACAUGUAAUAUAACCAAAACAUCAGCAAUGGCGAAAGUGCUACAAAAUUGUAAAAUAAUAAUUUGGGAUGAGUGUACGAUGGCGCACAAACGAGCAUUGGAGGCACUAGAUCGAACAUUAAGAGAUUUGCGCAGCAAUCAGAUCCUUUUCGGAGGCGCGAUGAUUCUACUGGCUGGAGAUUUUCGCCAAACGCUGCCAGUCAUUCCUAGAUCAACAGCUGCUGAUGAAAUAAAUGCAUGCUUAAAGGCAUCAAUUUUAUGGAGAUAUGUGAAAAAUCUCAAGUUAACAACGAACAUGCGAGUGGCGUUGCAAAAUGACAUAUCAGCAGAAGUUUUCUCAAAGGGAUUAUUAGACAUUGGCAAUGGGAGAAUGUUGACUCUUCUACUCUCGUCUCAUUUCGAAUGUUGA